GACGGAUGUUCCUGAGCCCGGUUUAACCAUUGAGCUGGUUGCGCGAGCAGGAGCUGGGACCGAGCGACAGAUCAGAGAGCGCUGCGCUUCCCAUCUAGCAACGGAGGGAGAGAGGGCCGACUACUUACUCACCGCCGGCGAGCACACAUCCUGCUCGCCCCUCGCAUUGCCACGGGCUUCAUUUCGUUUCGCUGAAGAGCGAGGGAGGACGCGACAGCUACACUGGUCGCAUCAGGCUGUUACGCGGGGGAUGCUACAGUUUUUAUUCGUCUGUAAUCUUCUUUGAUAGUCGUCUUUUGCGCUUCGGCGCCCUCUGCUUCGCAUCACUUCGUGUUUUACCAGCUUUGAGUGUUUUUCCCACUGAUGUUGAACUGCCUUUGGGGAAAGAAUCUCUGAAUCUGGAGUUGCUGAUACGAAGACUGUCUUAUGGGAUGUUGAUGUUGGCUGUCAGAAGACACGAGUCCAUUUAGAGCUUCAAAUGGGGAACACAGUGGGCAUACACAUCACUGCCUGAUUAACUGUUAAGAUUCACAAGGACACCAGAAGAAGAAAAAAAGAAAAAAAACGACAGGAAGUGAACAGCUCCGAGAAAAAAAAGAGUGUGAGAGACGAAUUAAGCAAAGUGAGAACACAUCAAAUGUGAUGGUUGAGGUGGGCCGAGGACUUUUCCGGUGAGGUCCUGAGUUCUGCGCUCUUCCUCCCCGUCCCUCUUCCCUUCCUCCUCUUCCUCCUCCUCUUCCUCUUCCUCCUCCCCAACCCCCACCCCCAAGAGGAGCACCCACCCUCCCUAGCCUGUCUUGGGAGUGUUCCAUUUCCCAGCAUUCCCUACUGGCUGUCCAUCCCCGGUGGACCACGGGCCGAGAGACGAGAGACACAAGACCAGCGUGGGCUGGUGCUGACGGACUGACGGAAAUAGAGAGAGAGAGAGAGAGAGAGAGAGAGAGAGAGAAAGCGAGAGAACGAAGCCAUCGAACCACAAGGCGAAAUAGAGGGAGAUAGUGCUCUAGCGAGAGAAGAUGAGGGAAGGCGUGUGGCUGUGUGUGUGUCUGGUCGCGGCGUCGCUGCUGUGCGGCGUGUCGUGGGGAAUGGAGCAGCAGCAGCGGCCUCACCGGCGCCACCUGGGGAUGCGCGGGCGCCAUCGCGGCGAGAGGGGCAAGGAGGGACAGGUGCUGCACCGUUCCAAACGAGGAUGGGUCUGGAACCAGUUCUUCGUCAUCGAGGAGUACACGGGACCUGACCCCGUGCUGGUCGGACGGCUCCACUCAGACGUUGACUCGGGCGACGGCAACAUCAAGUACAUCCUGUCCGGCGAGGGUGCGGGCACCAUCUUCGUGAUCGACGACAAGACGGGCAACAUCCACGCCACCAAGACGCUGGACCGCGAGGAGCAGGCCCAGUACACGCUGACCGCCCAGGCCGUUUCCAGGGAUACCAACAGGCCGCUCGAGCCGCCCUCGGAGUUCAUCGUGAAGGUGCAGGACAUCAACGACAACCCGCCCGAGUUCCUGCAGGGGCCCUACUACGCACACGUGCCAGAGAUGUCCAACGUUGGCACGUCGGUGAUGACGGUGACGGCGUCGGAUGCGGAUGACCCCACCUAUGGCAACAGCGCUCGGCUGGUUUACAGCAUCCUGCAGGGACAGCCCUACUUCUCCGUUGAGCCGCAGACAGGUGUGAUCCGUACUGCGCUGCCCAAUAUGGACCGCGAGGCCCGGCAGGAGUACGACGUGGUGAUCCAGGCCAAGGAUAUGGGGGGGCACAUGGGGGGUCUGUCGGGCACCACGGAGGUCAAGAUCACUCUCACAGACGUCAACGACAACCCACCCAAGUUCCCGCAAAGUGUGUACACGAUGGCGGUGAUGGAGGACAAGGUGGUGGGAGAAGAGGUGGGUCGCCUGAAGGCCAAGGACCCGGACAUGGGGGAGAACGGCCUGGUGGAGUACCGCUUCCUGGAGGGCGACGGCAUGGCCGUGCUGGAGAUCACCAAGGACUCCGUGACCCAGGAGGCCGUCAUCAAACUCAAGAAGGUGGUGGACUACGAGAAGAAGAAGACGUACACGGUGAAAGUGGAGGCCUCCAACCCGCACGUGGACUCCCGUUUCCUCGCCUGGGGGCCUUACAAGGACACGGCCACGGUGAAGGUGAGCGUGGAGGACGCGGACGAGCCGCCUGUCUUCAGCGAAGCCAGCUACGGCUUCACGGUGGACGAGAACGCCCCCGAGGGGACUGUGGUGGGACGCGUCCACGCCAGGGACACGGACACCGCCAACAACCCUGUCAGGUACAUGAUUCCGCGCUACACAGACCUGGGCCAGUUCUUCAGCAUCACUCACGAGGAUGGCGUCAUCAAGACCACUCGGCCCCUGGAUCGGGAGACACAGCUAUGGCAUAACAUCAGCGUUAGCGCCACGGAGAUCGGUGGGCAUCACCAAGACUCCAAAGUCCGUGUGAACAUCAAGGUGAAAGAUGAGAACGAUAACCCCCCUGAAUUCGCCACCAAUAACGAGGUCCUCGUCUGUGAAAAUGCAGCACCAGGCAAGCUCAUUGAGACGGUCAGCGCAGUGGAUAAGGACGAGAUGGCUCAUCGGCAGUACUUCAGCUUCGCUCUGCCUAUCGAGGUCCAGAACAACCACAACUUCACACUCAAGGACAACAAAGAUGGCACGGCGAGUAUCUACACGAUGCGUAAGGGCUUCAGCCGGAUGACCCAGGACAUGUACUUCCUGCCGGUGGAGAUCAACGAUAACGGCGUGCCGCCGAUGAGCAGUACCCAGACCCUGACCAUCCGCGUCUGCAGCUGCGACAGCAGGGAGACCAUCCUCUCCUGCAACGUGGAGCCCUUCAUACUGCCCGCCGGGCUCAGCACCGGGGCGCUCAUCGCUAUACUGGCCUGCAUCGUUAUACUGCUAGCGAUCGUGGUGUUGUUCGUGGCCCUGCGUCGGCAGAAGAAGGAGCCUCUGAUCGUGUUCGAGGAGGAGGACAUCCGCGAAAACAUCAUCACUUACGACGACGAGGGCGGCGGCGAGGAGGACACGGAGGCCUUCGACAUCGCCACGCUGCAGAACCCCGACGGCGCCAACGGCUUCCUGCCGCGCAAGGACAUGAAGCCCGAGCUGGCGUAUCCCCUCAGACCCGGCGGCGACCGGCCCGCGGCGGCCAGCGUAGACGUGGACGACUUCAUCAAGACGCGCAUCGCAGAUGCAGACAACGACCCCACUGCGCCCCCCUACGACUCCAUCCAGAUCUACGGCUACGAGGGGCGCGGGUCGGUGGCGGGCUCGCUCAGCUCGCUGGAGUCCGUCACCACAGACUCGGAUCUGGACUAUGAUUACCUGCAGAGCUGGGGGCCACGCUUCAAGAGGCUGGCCGACCUGUACGGAACCAAAGACUCGGCGGAAGACUCUUAACGUCAACGUCAACUAACGUGAAACGUGUUUUUUUGUCGACAUGGAAACUACACCUACCCCAACCCAAAUCCCCCCCACCCAAAGCGCCACCACCACCAUCACCACUAGUACGACCCUUACCUACCCACUCUCCCCAACGCCGAUGUCCCCUUUGACCACUUGAAUCCCUGGCCUCGCCCCAGCUCACCUACCUACCUACACCAGCCCUCUCCCUCCCUCCUUCCCUCUCUCUCCCCCUCCCUCCACCAUCUCUGCCAACUAACUAUGUGCAGUGUGUGAAGUUUACUAUAAGUACAACCAUGAGUCCAUCUAUUUAUAGUAAACUUUUAGUUAGUUAGUUUGUUGUUUUUUGGAGUAUACAUGUAGUAUACUUUGUCCCUGUGUGGGAACAGUUGAAAAAGUAUUAUGAGGGGGUAGCAGCAGCGGCUGACGAAUAGGCUUGAAUAUUCACACGAUGAUGGAUUGGGAAGAGCGCUAAAGACAGACAGGGAUGGAAAGAGAGAAAGAAUGUUGAAGAGAGUGAAGUAAUAAUAUUACUGGUAUAAAUGGUAUAAAGGUAUAAAUGACGAUGAUAAUAAUAAUAAAUGAUAAUAAUAAUAAAUGAGGCACCUCUGUGGGAUGUAUGGUAUGUAAAUGACGUUUUAUGUAGAAACAAAGACAAAGGAAGGGUAAGAAUCAAUCACAGUGUUAGUUCACGAUUAUGUUGUUAGUAGGGUUGCAGGACCUAUUGUUCGUAGGGUAGCAGGUCAGAUUAGAGCGAUGGUGUUGACGUCACAGAGAAACACAGGAUGGUUGAUACUGUGAAUGAGCUCACAAAGCCGAAGACGACGAAGAGGAAGAGGAGGAAAGAUGAAGAAAACAGUUGCCUUAUUAACAAAACACAAAAAAACAUACGUAGAAACACCGCCACAAAACCUUGGACUGGCCGCGCGCGAGCGACUGGCCUGGUGUUCCAUCUGUGGAUUCCUAAGUUCUUUUUCAUUUUUUAUUUUUUUCGUUUUUUAUUUGCUGAACUCAUUGUCUUCUUUUUAUGCCACCCGAACCAGAUGGAGACAGCAAACAUGUGACUGUGUGUGUGUUUCUCGAAUCAAGAACUCGAACUCCCCCUUGUCCUGUUCACCUUCACCAAUGAUCAGUGACUGAGAAAGACCUGUGAGCUCAAAAAAACGCCUUAAAAUACAGACACUCUUGCAACGCAGUGCAUUUCUCUUUUGUAACUUGAAAAGAUAUAUCCUAAAGCAAGCAGAACUACAUAUAGUGUAUGUACAGUGCAGUGUGCGGAAUCGUCUUUUGAGGAUCAAAAAUUGCGCCUAUUGGUUUCACGGCAAUCUCUUUUUUUGUUAUUCAACUAUUAUUAUAAUUAUUAUUAUUAUUAUUAUUAUUUUAUUGAUUAUUACUUAUUUGCAUUUGUUUUUCUUUUUUUUCAUUUCUUUGUUUCUUUAUUGACGUAUAUGUUAUUCUCCCUUGUGAGAAAAUAGCAAUCUGUCCUGUCGCAGUGAGAAGAAAAAAAAUGGCUAAUUUCUAUGUCAAUUUUAUGGUAACUAUUUGUACAAUUUUAAAAGUUCUUAUUUUAGUAUACAUACAGAUAUCAGUAUUUCAACAUGUAAGAAAAAUGUUACAGCAUCACACUUAUAUUUUAUGAACAUUGUACCGUUGCUUUAUGAUGUGCUUCAGACUACGAAGCGGACAAACUUUGAAAUAAAUGCU